AUGAGUAGAAGGUGGUUAUCUAUUAAACGAAAAGCAAAUAAUUCUGAAGCCAGCAGCUUAAAGAAACUCGCAGCUGGUUCACUCACAUUUGCCAAAGCAUAUUCCAAUGGAGAAGCCAAGUCACAAAUCGACCAUCUUGAACAGGAACUUGAAGAAGAGAUUAAAAGGGACACUAAAUCAGUACCCGACACCAAAGUAGCGAGGUUUCUCCACAAAGGCCGGAAGUUACUCCGCAGCAAAAAUGUUUUAAUGAUGAUUGUGAUACUCAACGUAUUUGACUGCGGGCUAGUUCUUGGUGAACUCAUACUUGAUCUUCAUCAUGUGAAAGAUAUACUGACAAAUGUAGAACAAUCUUCUUCAACAUUCCUUGAAAACCUGCAAAAUAAAUAUCCAGAUGAAAUAGAAUAUACUGAUCUUUCUUAUCUUGAAGAAAUAUACUCAAAAUUAUCUAACGCGAAUAUUGAAUGGAUAAAUGACACAUCAAUUGACCCUGUUCCGAAAGCUGACAGUCAAGAUUACAUUGGAUACAAAGUCAGGAGAUUUGUUUUCGAAGAUAUCAAAAUUACCAAUGAAGUUAGAAACAAAAAUGAAAGGUUACACAAAAGACAUAGAGGUCAGUAUUACUCCGGACAACAUAGGUUAAAGAGGUCGUCUGGAAGUGAUGACAUUAAUUCAUCACAGGACAAAGACCACAAACAUAGUACUCCUGAGAGCACGGAAGAAGAAAUUGCUCGUGGUUUCCAUGCAACUAGUAUUGGUAUUGUGCUUAUCUUAUUAACAGAGACAAUAUUCAAAGUUAUAUGUUUUGGGAAACAAUUUUUUGAGAAAAAAUUGGAGGUUUUUGAUGCCUGUAUUGUAGCAUUGUCCUUUGUGGUUGAUCUCGUUUUUCUAAAAGGCCUGUCGGUGUAUACUAUUCAGGAAUUUGUUUUCAUAUUAGCCUUCAUGUUACCAUGGGGAGUUAUUCGAGUAGUUAACAGUCUUGUUGUUGCUGUUCGGGAUCAUGAAUGUUUUCGACUUAAAUUGUUAUUCACUCAAAAGAAACGAGUUGACUGUGAAAACAACGGACUUAGACAGGAAAAAGCAAAAUUACUUGAACAAAUAGAGUUGCUGAAAAAACUAUGUCUUGUUGAAGGUAUUGAUGAAUGGAAAAUCCAACAAAAUCUAGUUCCAACGUCAACUAAUAAAGCACGAGGAUUAAAAGGCUCAUUUGCCAGUCUAGCGUUCGGCUCACUUGUCGGCACAAAAGAAAAUGGAAGAAGUUUUUGGAAUAUGUUACAUGCACCAAAGAUGCGAAGAGGAAAAUCUGAAGAAUGGACAGGUAAACUAGGCGUUUCCAAAGAAGAUACAAUUUCACUUAAAGACUGUCAUAAAAAUUCUGUAAGUGGAAGUACACAAGAUUUAAAGAAAAACAGAGUUACAACUCAACAGUUAUCACAUCAAUUUACUGUUGAAAGUGACCCAGGAACAGCAGAGAAGAAAUCUCGAUUCAAAGCAAUAAAACGAUUUCUUAAACGACAAGAGACUGUAUCAUCGUACUCAUCAAACGAUACUAUCGAUAAAUUAUCGUCAAAUCAUACACCUUCCUGUAGUAUCGACGACGAUAGUGUGGGCGUUUCCAUUCCUAGUGGUAUAAAUAUUGCGUUUGAAUUACAGCGAUCUGACGAUGAACACGACGAAACAACAGAAUUUAUUGAACAAACAAACGACAUAACUCAGAAAUCAAAUGAUAACGAAGAAGUGUAAAUUACAAAAAUACGUUAUUUUGAUUAUAGAAAAGGAACAAGAUAUGCCGGCAGCAUAUUCAUGCAUAUGUACAUUGAUCUCAAAGAGUGAUUUGCAGAUUCAUACGAAAGGAUGCACUUUUAUAACUGUUGAUAUUUAGUUAGAUAGAUAUCCAUCAAGUUAUUGUAUUCAACUUUGUUUCAUGAUACAAGUGUAGCCCUGAAUGUGUUAUAUUUUUUUAUACUGAAACUGAAUUGGGGAUGUUUUGCAAGUUCUGUAUCCUAUUCAAAAAGAUGACUAAUAAAAGAUUGUAGUGUACUGCUGACAAUAUUUAGAGACAGACAUGAAUUAUGGACAAUGUGCAGUACAUUAAAUGUGUGAUUUUGAGAGAUCUUUCACAUUUUUGUUUUAGAAUGCAGUGUCUACGAAAUCAAUCUAGUGAUUAUAGAAAUUGAAAACUUCAAAUUAUAUUCAUCAAUUAUUGAUGGAUCGUUUUAGUUGAGAACGAAAACUAUAAGUGCAAGAUUUUUGUGUUCAUAGUAAUUAUAAAAGUCAAUAUUACUGCACAACAAUGGCAAAUUUAGCCCAUUGACUUGUAAAUUAUCUUAAUUUGCAUAUUUGGUAACAAAAUUUAGUAUAGUAUAUAUUUUAAAGUCGUAUUAAAAGAUACGCAACAAGAAAUCUUACUUAAAUUUUAACAUUUAUCUGCAUUGACAUAAACAUGUACAUAUAUUGUUUUUUCAUUUAAAGCUUUAAUGUGUUUCGAUACCCUUUGGGGGAACAAAUAUAAUUCGUGUACACAACAUUUGUUUAAGAAAUAGCCUUCAGCAGUUAAGCUCGGGACAGUAAAUUUAGAAAGCCAAACAUAUAAAAUGUUUCAGAGCAUAAUACCAAAACGGUUCUAAAGACAGCCAAAAGCCGUUUUUAACCACCAUUGAUGGAGGUGCUAUAUAAAUAUAUUUCGUAAUAAUGACACCUUAUGUCAAAAUAACGACUUCCUAUGUCGUAAUAACGACAAAAUAUAUCCGUUUCAUGUAUUAAAGAUGCGGGAGUCCAUUAGUUUCAAUUUUUUCCGUUUGUCCGUCUGUCCGUCAACAAUU